UCCUCACUCCGAGUCUCUCACACUUUUUACAAUCGUCCUCCAAUCUAGUCGCAUACCGCAGACAACAAUUCGCUCUCACUCCCCGCGUAUGACUCUUGCGGCGGGUGAGAGCACGUUACCUGACGACAUCGUGCGUACCUUAAGAUGGCCCUUCAUAACAAGCUCUAUAUCAAAAGCAUACCUAGGAACACCGUACAGUACAGUACGGAAGUACAGUAGGUGCGGUAUAGAAAUAGUUAAGAGCCCCUGGCAGCCGAUAAGGGUCAAUUCCACCUACAGUACUGUACCUAGUCAAGGUGGCAAAGACUCUUCUUGCUGGUCCUUGAGAGGCUAUCACCAGGCACAAGCGCCUUGAGCCAAGCAAGCCGCAUGCAUGUAAUAUUUUCAUGGGCAGAGGUGGGGGGGGGUCUUGACAUAAUUCGGAGGUUGGUCCUUGGAAGUCUCAACUCUGACUUUGGGACAACUUUGGCGCGGCAAAUGUGGCAAGUUCUAUCUAAGUCUAUUUGAUGCUUGAGGUUUGUUCAUGCACUGGUUAGGCAUAUCCUAUCUGAAGCAUGGGCCAAACUUCUCCUGUGAAUCUUGCGCAAGGGCCUGACGAGGUGGACUGGUUGAACAUCAUGUGAUUGAGUGAUUGAUUGAGGGAGUGCGUGGCGCUAGGACGCUUUGGGAUUGCGGUCUUGAUCGACAACUCCACUCCACUUCUCCAGGAAGCUGUAAGAGCCGCGCUCCAGGGAACUUCUGGCCGUCCACCACUGCAGAAGCACAAAGUCAUGGAUCUCGCCUACGAUCAUAUUCAGGAGCAGGCGCUGGCCCCAGAAAAUGAAGCCGAAAAGAAGGAGAAGAAGCCCGAAACCACUCUCAACUCUGACUUCCAAGAAGCAUACAAAGCUAUUUCUGCCAGCCCGUGGGGUGCAAGGCUGGGAGGCUUCUUUGGAAAUGUAGUCAAGCAGGGCGAGUCUGUCUACAAGCAAGGCCAACAGGAGCUCACUGCAGUUGGAGAAGAGGCAAGCAAAGGACUUACAGAUCUGCGGUCGUCCAUUAUCAGCCGAACACGAGCCCUUUCAACUGCCCAGGCACCGGUUGCUAGCAGUCAGCCUGAUAAGGAGAAUGAUGGAGAAGCUGGCGGGGAGAAAGAGCUGUCAACAGAGGAGGCACUAAAAGAAUCCGAGGGCGUCCUGGCUAGAUUGCGAUCCGAAGCUGCCAAACGAUUGAAAGAGAUUGAGAAGGCCGAAGAUGCCGCAGAUGAAGCUCUCCUGAAAUUCGGUACAAACAUCCGGAACUUCCUCCGCGACGCAGUUACCAUCGCACCUCCGUCCGAGGAAGCUGGAUCACAGGGAAGCACAGUUCUCUUCGAGAGCAAAGAUGCUUCAGGAAAGAGAGUAAUUCAUACUACACGAUUCGAUGCGCAACUUCAUGUUAUUCAUUCGUCCCAUGACAGCUUUACCAAAGAUCCGAUUAGUGAGGAAUAUGAGCCAUGGAAGCAGACCUUCAACGUGGACAGCAAGACAGCCGAUAUUAGCAAGGACCUGGAGAGCUUUACUGAGCUGAGAUCCUCCAUGGAAAAGCUUGUACCUGAUACUGUCACUUAUGGCGACUUCUGGACUCGUUACUACUUCUUGAGACAUAGUAUUGAAACGGCCGAAGCCCGCAGACGAGACCUGCUCAAAGGUGCUGCUGCUUCCACAGAAGAAGAGGUCGGAUGGGAUGAGGAUUCCGAGGAUGAGAGUUCUCCAAAGAUCACUAAACCGAAGACCGAACCAGCCCGCCCUGCAUCAACUGAAUCAUCAACUACUCUCCACCCAGCAACACAACCUCAAGAUCCUAAACUUCUCAAGCCAGAGGAGUCUCGCAGAUCUCAUGAUGAGAAGUCUCAAGCAGAUAGCGACGGCUCGUAUGAUGUUGUAGGAGCUGCAUCUGGCGCUCCAAGUCGUGCUCCUGGCAGUCCUAAAGACUCCCGAAAGGGGGAUGACAGCGAGGAGGAAGAUUGGGAGUAAAGUUUGAGUGUUUCUUGACUUUCUGGGUUGUUUAUAGGCGUUGUAGAGACUUUUCAUUUCAUAGUCUGUGAUUAAGUCUGGCGUUGUGGGUCAAGGACUUUUAUUCAUUGAGCUCUAUUUUGAGAGUCUGCACUGCCUGUAGACAGGACAUUUUUAUAAGCAGCACGGAUAUCCCCCUGAACGCCGUUCUAUGCAAUGCACAACGCCAAUUCAUUUAACCGUCCCUUCCAAAACUUCAUCGCUUUUUCUUCGUGACCUUUGUAAAUCCGUCCUCAUCAACCUCCGCCACAACGGGUUCCCUAACCCUCACCAAUGGCGGCGCCUCAUCCAUAUCCACAUCCUCAUCCUCAUCCUCCGAUCCAUCUGUCUCAUCAUCCUCCUCGGCUCUUUCUCUCUUCUCAAACAUCUUCCCCAAAUCCGCACUCUUUCCCCCUUUACUCUCCCACUUCCUCCUCAACUCCUGCACCUCCGUGAAGUCACCCUUCGCGCAGUCCCUUCUGAACUUCACAAUAUGCUCCGCAACCUCAUACCCACUCUCAUCAUCGACAUUAACCUCAAACUCAUCCAGCAUGACCUGUAGCAGGAAUGUCUCGAUCCAUUCGCCGUCCUCUUCGGGGUUUUCGUUCAGCACGUCGAUCGUGGCGCCGACGAACCAUUGCCGCUUUUCAUCGCUGUCUGGUCCACCCCAGUUAUUGGUUACGGCGAGGGAGAGAGAUGGCCAGUUGUAGAGGGCGAGUGUUAUGCCGAGUUCGAAUUGCGCUUGACAUUGUUCUGAUCAAGAUUCAGAUUAGUCCUCAAGUCCUCGAGCAUUUUCUUCUUUUUUGCAAGGAAAAUAACAUACCUGGAGUAGGCGCAUUCUGCGAACUUGAUCCCCCAGAAGAAUUCAUCUUGUCAGGUAAAUAUGCGAUCGGGUCGAGACAAGGCAACGCAGAGAGGCUUCAGUAGCGGGGUUGAGGUGGGAUGUCUGAGCAACCUGGGCUCGAUUAAAAAUUUAUGGAUAUCCGCAAAAAAUGUCGGUGUUUCAAA